UUGAGGUGUAGUUAUAGAUAUAUAGCAAAUUUAGGAAGGGGGAAACUAUAACAAUAGGUGCAAAGAGUCGGCGCAACCGUUGAAUGUCGGAAAGGACGUAGUUGAUAAAGGAGUGAGGAAUAAAGAGGAGAAAUAGGCACGUGGAUUUUAGAACGCAUGCGUUACGUUGUUGCUCCUGCAAGAAUUUUCUUCUAUGACCAGUCUGUGUCUCAACUUCGUUACGAGAAGAUUUUUUAAUUCCUUCGAGUGUUGUUUUUUUCAAAUGAAAGGCAAAUUUUAUAAUUUUUCAAUUAUUUGUCACCAAUAGUGAUUCAUUAAUAUUUUUACUGUCUCAAAACUACAUAAAUAAUGACUAUUAAUAAGUUUUUGGGAACAGUGUUUAUCAUCAUUUUCAUCCUUCAUGCUGAGGGAAGGCGUACGAGAAAUCUAGAUAUCCUUGGGGAAAUACCGAGUCAUCACCUGCUAUCUCUCGACUCAGGCGCUGACGACUCCAGAAAUUAUGCAGAUGAUUCUAUGCCAAUAUUCGCAGAAGCAAUAUCAAACGUGACAGUCAGUGUUGGUAGGGAUGCAUUAUUAGCGUGUGUCGUUGAUAACCUUAAACGUUAUCAGGUGGCAUGGGUUCGCGUAGAUACUCAAACAAUUCUUUCAAUUCACGACAAUGUAAUCACUCAAAACCCCCGGAUUUCAUUGUCAUACAAUGACCACCGCUCGUGGUAUCUUCACAUAAAAAAUGUGCAAGAAACUGAUCGAGGAUGGUACAUGUGUCAAAUCAACACUGACCCAAUGAGAAGUAUGCAAGGUUAUCUCCAAGUAGUAGUACCACCUAAAAUAAUUGCAAAGGAAACGAGUACAGACAUGGUUGUAAGAGAAGCAUCAAAUGUAACGCUGGUAUGCAAAGCAACCGGAUAUCCGGAACCCUACGUAAUGUGGCGUCGCGAGGAUGGCAGAAAUAUUAACUACAAUGGUGAAAGUGUAAGUGUCGUAAAUGGAGAAGUGCUUCACAUUGUAAAAAUCAGUAGACUACAUAUGGGUGCUUAUCUAUGCAUAGCAAGCAACGAAGUACCACCUUCGGUCAGUGCUCGGGUGGAUGUUCGAGUACAAUUCCCUCCAAUGCUGUCAAUUCCAAAUCAAUUGGAAGGAGCUUACAUCGGCCAAGAUGUCAUUUUGGAAUGUCACACAGAAGCUUAUCCGACGUCAAUAAAUUACUGGACUACAGAAUCAGGCGAAAUGAUUGUCUCUGGUUAUUACCAUUCGAUUGCAGGUGAAAAGUACGAGGCUUUAUAUACUGACAGUGGCUACAACAAAUAUAUGAUGCUGAAAAUACGAAAUGUUGGACCUAAAGACUUUGGGUCAUACAAAUGCGUGGCACAAAAUUCAUUGGGUGGAACUGAUGGUGUUAUAAAAUUAGAUGAAAUUCCAGCGCCAUCGACAACUACAACACAAGCUACCUAUUACGUUACUUCGUUAAUGAAAAAACAUGGACGAAACGGGAAUAAAAAAUAUCGACAGCGUCCUAAUGACUACGAAGUCGAGGAGUGGAGAGACGCGGAUUAUGAUCGAGAUUACGACUCGACAAAGAGGCCGAUGAUGGAUGCGGGCAAUGAAGGAGCAAGUCGGUAUUCUGAAGCAUUACUCGCAUGGUUUCUUACACCACUAGUACUGUUCACUGCAGGGAGGUGAUUCUUGAGUUCCGGUUGGGGCUUCCAGUUAGUGUUUAACGGCCAUGAUCAUGAAGGAUGUGAAACGUGGCCAGAGAUCUAGUGAUCUAGCCCAAUGAAUAACCCGCCCGUGGCGAGGUUUGCGUGCUAAAAUUAUUUUCAUACUCGAAACAACUUCAUAAAAGUGUGAAUAGAUGAACGGUUAUUCAUUAAUGAUGAAUAGAUAAUGUGAAUUCAUUUGUUUGUUGGAUGAUUGAUUGUCUAGUGUUAUGAGUAAUGAGAGUGAGACAAGAGUGAUAAAAGUUUAAUAUAUAUAUAUAUAUUAAUAUAUAAAUACACAUAUAAAUCAGUAUAAAAAUCAUUAAUAAAAUAUGAAUGCUAUAUGAUUGAUAUUAAAUAAAUAUUUUGCAUAGGCUUCAAGUGCUUCGACAUGAGAAUUUAUCAGUCGUAAUAAAUACUUUCGUAAAAUUUUAGUAAGUUUUUUAUUAGAUAAAAUGUUUAUUUAAUAUUUGGAAUUGAAUUGAGGCUGGAAUUGAGAACGGACCGUCUAUAUUGGAAAUAAACGUGUCAAGAACUUCAUCACGUAGAUCGGACAACUUUGAAAAAAUAUUGAUGAAAGUGAAGCCUCUUUUUUAUUAUUUAAAAAUAAAGUCAUUGAAUUAAUUUUUUCUAUAAUUUAUUCUUAUCGUAAAUUUCUUUUCUAUUAUUCUAAUAUUUAUGUUAAGAAUUUCAUGUUGCUCUGCAGUUGCUAUUGUAAAAUAUGUUGAAAGAAAUUGUAGUAAUAUUUAUUUUUGUUUGUAGUUGUUAAUAAUCGUUAAAGAAAUGUGAAUACAUUUAAAAGAAAGAAAGUAGAAUGGAUUUAGAUUAUAGACACUAUUGCCAAAAGCGCAUUUAUCUAAAUACUAUUGUCAUUUGACAAAACCAAAAAUUAUUCCAAAGAGAAUAAUAUUAAAUAAACAAUUUAAAUAAAUAAAUAAUUCAAAAAAUUUUCCAUCAGAAAAUUUUAUACACCCAAAUUUUUAAAAUCAAAAUAAAACUAAUAUUUAUUAACAACUGUAAUGAGGCAUCAAAUCGUAAGUAGUUAUGUGAAUGAUAGGACUUAUUUUCAACACUAUAAAGUUGCAGACGAAAAUUAUUUCGUAAAUAAAAUUGUACGAACUUAUAUAUCUAUAACAAACAAUUUAAGUUGACAAUCAUUGGAGUAUUUGUCAUUGAUUUUUGUUUUUAAAACAAAGCUAGUAAUAAGUCAA